GCCAAUCAGAAGUACCCACGAUCUAAGCAUCGAUGUGUUUGUUGUAACGUCUGCUAGGAUGGCAGCGAUAAAACUGAUUUGGUCUUUAUUAAUAAAUUUGACAUUAUGCGUGGUUCUAUCUGUGGCAGGGAGAGAUUUUUAUGCCAUUCUAGGUGUACCUUCUUCGGCCAGCCAACAUGCAAUAAAAAAGGCCUACAGGAAGCUGGCAAAAGAAUUACAUCCUGACAAGAACAAAGAUGAUCCAAGUGCGUCCCAGAAAUUCCAAGAUCUGGGUGCUGCCUAUGAAGUUCUAUCGGACAAUGAGAAGAGAGAAAUAUAUGACAGAUGUGGAGAAGAAUGUCUGAAGAAGGAUGGUAUGAUGAACAAUGAAGAUCCUUUUCAACGAUUUUUCGAUAAUUUUGGUUUCGACUUUGGUGGAGAAUCUUCUCAUCAACAUGAAACACCUAAAGGUUCUAGCAUUGUGAUGGAUUUAGUAGUUACUUUAGAAGAAUUGUAUAGUGGAAAUUUCAUAGAGAUAACAAGAAAUAAGCCAGUAAUGAAGACAGCGAAAGGAACUAGGAAAUGUAAUUGUAGGCAAGAAUUAGUUACUCGUAGUUUAGGGAAUGGUAGAUUCCACAUGAUGCAACAGUCAGUGUGUUCAGAAUGCCCAAAUGUUAAAUUUGUAACUGAGGAACGUAUAUUAGAGGUAGAAGUAGAACCUGGUAUGGUAGAUGGGCAAGAAAUUAAAUUUACGGCAGAAGGUGAACCGCAUUUGGACGGUGAACCGGGCGAUUUAAUUUUGAAAAUACGAACACAACCCCAUCCAGUUUUCCAAAGAAUUGGCGACGAUCUACAUACGAACAUUACUAUAUCUAUGCAAGAUGCCCUAAUAGGCUUUAAAAUGGACAUAGAGCACUUAGACGGCCACAAAGUGUCUAUCCAAAGGGACAAGGUAACAAAACCGGGAGCCCGUAUUAGAAAAAAGGAUGAAGGAAUGCCUAAUUAUGAGAAUAACAAUGUCCAUGGUACUUUGUAUAUUACAUUUGAUGUUGCAUUCCCUGAAACGGACUUCACAGAUGCGCAAAAAGAAGAAAUAAAGAAAUUACUUCAACAGAAGUCUGUAAAUCGAAUUUACAAUGCAUUAGGUGGUUUCUAAGAAUUUUAAGUGCAAUGUUCAAAGUGACAUUAAAGAGUGUAACAUAUAAUUGAAGUGCAUGCGUGAACUUCGUGUGUUUCUAUACCAAGUGACGUCCUUGCUUCCCUGAGAAGUGGAUACCAACAGGUUUGGUAGCCAUCCGUUAGAUCAGUCAAAGUGAAUACAUGUAGCCAGGGCAUAACCAUUGUAAGUAUACGUACUUCCACUUUGAUUGUAAAGCUAGCAGUACAGUCACGCCGAGGCAAGGCACUUGCAUCGCGCCAACUUCGUCAACUCUCGACUUUGAGUUGACUUUUUUUGUCAUGAGGCGCGAGAGCGAGCUGCAAAUUCGAGAACGUCCAUGUCCGAUCGCAAAAAUAUAGUAACUGCACACGACUUGAGCCAAGCCAAAACGUUGCAAGUCUUGUCGAAUGUCUCUGCGAGACGUCUCUAUACUGCUAGCUGUAAGAAACUGGUGAUGUGUAUUAUUGCCAAUUACUUCUGAUGGAUGUUCAGCAAUGGUUAAGCAUUCUAUUAUUCUAUUGAAUGAAAUAAGUUAUUUUACAUUCUGCGUGCGUGGGUGAUGUGUGAAUGAUUUUACACCAGCAGAAAUUUUGCAUUUGCAUGGCAGAAAAAGGAAUUCACUGACCGUGUAAUUAAAUAUGUAUUGGAUUCAGUAUCCAGAUACAAACCAUCAGAGAAGUAUUGUAUCACGAUUUUUCUAUCGAUAUUAUUUGCAAUAAAAUGUACAAUAGUAUUCAUUAUCGGUAACAAACAUUGGAAUUAUUUCAUUAAAACGUUUUACUCACAAACUGUGAAGUUGCAUUUAAAAAUUUUCGUACUAAAUUAGGCAUUGAUUUGUAUGUUAAGGUUUAUUCGGUACCACUCUGUAUAAUUUAUUUACAAAAAUUACAAUACAGUUCAUUCAAAAACAA